AUGGACAAAAUGUUAUUCUCCUUCUUGAGACUCUGUUUUGUCCUGCUUACGGCAUGGACAACUUGGGCUGCGGCCGAUUUUGCGCUGUACAAAAACUAUGAUGCAGACGCCUUGAUUGCUGGGCUCUCUCUGAGUAGUACGUGUCUUGCAGCACUGAACACCACCGUCUCUUGCAAUGAAACCGCCAUUAGCCUAUUAGGACACGGGGCAGACAUCCACUUCUGGGCGACUGCUGAGGUAGAGAACCUCUGCACGACAGACUGUGUCUCGUCCCUUAGUUUCUGGAAGGAUAAUGUUGCAACAGUCUGUGCAGAAGAGACCACAAUCCAGGGCAAUGUCGUGGUCAAGGCGAGAGCGCUACCACUGACAUUUACCUAUAAUUCCGAUCUUGUAUGCAUGAAGGACAGUUCAUCAAAUUGGUGUUUCCUGGUCUCUCAGACAUGGCAAGGAAGUGACUAUAUCCGUUGGGAUCCAACAAUGUGCUUCGCCGAUGGUGAUGACAACAGCACAGUCGCGCCUGAAUGUGCCGAUCCAGAUUUUGACGUCGGUGAUAUCAGUGAUGACAUGUCCGCUCUAACUAAUAUAUAUGAAGAGAAAUUGUUCUGCAAUGAGUGUUUCUUGAAUCUGUAUCGGCAACGUCUCCUGAAUCCUUGGCUACCAGUUACCAAUUUCACGGAUUAUUUAGUCGAUCAGUUCAACCUUGUUCAAACAAAUUGCUCAACAACGCUGCCUUACAGCACUUCAGCCUCCACCUUAUACGUAGGGACGGCAACGGCUACUACCACCACCAGCGUAACGACGACAGGUUCCUCCGCAACAACUACACCGACUUGUCUGGGUCAAAUGGUGCAGCCGCUGCAAAACUGGCUCACCUGCAAUGAUCUUUGCGAUACGUACAAUAUAUCAACAGGUGACGCUAGAGUUGCCACUGGGGAUUACGCUUGCUAUUUCGACGAGGCUACCUGUUUCCCCCGUCCAUGCGAGAUCGAUACGGUUUGGGAUACACCAAGUUGUGACGGCCUUGCCACGAGAUAUUCCAACUCGACUUACACCGUGACCACUGCUCAAUUGCUUAGCUGGAAUACUAAUAUCCAGGGCAGUUGUUCAGGGAUUGCAGCAGGACAGCGUGUAUGUAAAAGUGAUGCUAACCAGACUCGGCGAGAAAAAAGUGCUCCUGGAGGAACGUUUCCUAAACCCAACGCGACCAUCACGGCGCCUGGCGCGACCAGCGAGCCUACUUACUACACAGCAGCCACUGCGGCUUACCCGACCCAAAGUGGAACCAUCAGCGAGUGCGGUAACUACUAUCUCGUUGUAGCCGGUGACGACUGUUCUACCAUCGACCUGCGCUUCGGUCUGAACUUUAGCCAGUUGCAAGAGUAUAACCCGUACCUUAACUCCACCUGCGGCAACCUGUGGCUUAAUUACGACAUAUGCGUCGCCCCUGUCACCCCUGAGACAGUCUCAACGGACGGUACGUGCCCUGCGGGGGUUACCUGUGUUGGAAGUGCCUUUGGCGACUGCUGCUCGCCAUUUGGCUACUGCGGAACCGGGUCAGAUUACUGUGUCAGCACAGGCAACGGCACCGCGACGCAAGACGGCACCUGUGGACCUGAUUAUGGGGGCACGACUUGUAUUCCCAAGUUCGGAAACUGCUGUAGUAUAUACGGCUACUGCGGCAAUGGUACCACCUAUUGUGGUGCAGGGAACUGCUAUUCUGGCAGUUGUGACACUGAUAAUGGCGGCCCGUCCACAAAUGGAGAAUGUGGCCCGAAUUUUGCCGGAAACAAGACCUGCACUGGUACCCAGUUUGGGACGUGCUGUUCCGCGUCUGGUUAUUGUGGAAGUACCAGUGACUACUGUUCUGGGUCAAACUGCUAUAGCGGUGCUUGUACGUCGUGA